GUCUCGGGGCCCCACCGCGCACCGCGAAGAGUGAGGAAGAAGAGCGCGCAGCAGCCGCGAGUCCGCUCUUAGGCGUUAACCAAGAACAGAAUGGGGAAACAGAACAGUAAACUGAGACCCGAAGUGCUCCAGGACCUCCGAGAGAACACAGAAUUCACAGACCAUGAACUGCAAGAGUGGUACAAAGGCUUCCUAAAAGAUUGCCCAACUGGCCAUUUGACUGUUGAAGAGUUCAAAAAGAUAUAUGCUAACUUCUUCCCCUACGGCGAUGCCUCAAAAUUUGCAGAGCAUGUGUUCCGUACUUUUGAUACCAAUGGCGAUGGGACGAUUGACUUUCGGGAAUUUAUAAUCGCAUUGAGUGUCACUUCUCGGGGGAAACUUGAGCAGAAGCUGAAAUGGGCAUUUAGCAUGUAUGACCUUGAUGGCAAUGGCUACAUCAGCCGUGCAGAAAUGCUUGAGAUAGUGCAGGCAAUCUACAAAAUGGUGUCUUCGGUAAUGAAAAUGCCAGAGGAUGAAUCAACUCCAGAGAAACGAACAGACAAAAUAUUCAGACAGAUGGACACAAACAAUGACGGUAAACUAUCUCUCGAAGAGUUUAUUAAAGGUGCCAAGAGUGAUCCCUCUAUCGUGCGGUUGUUACAAUGUGAUCCAAGCAGUGCAAGUCAGUUCUAAUUAAACUCUGGACAGUUUGCAAAGAAAAUUACUGGCUUGUUCAAGCUUUACUCGUAAAUGGAUGCCUUCUCAACCAUUCCUCAGUGGCUAGUGGAUGAGAUUCCACUGCCAGAUUGUCUGUGUAUCCAAGUGAAAAAGAGCCUCACUCCUCUCACCAACAUUGAUGCAAAUUCCUCCUUCCAUAAUCCCAUCCUUUGUUUCUUCCCCUUAUGAUUCACUCUACACAUCUAACAUAAUUGAAGGGUAUGUUUACAAUGGCAGGUUAAAGAGGGGUUUAUUGCACAUCACUUGGUUAAUAUGAACAGAUGACUUUCUAGUUAGCUCCUAAGAAAGAGAUGCCAUGUGUUCCUUUUGACCAACACAAAUGGCAGGCAUUUUAAUUUGCUUCCCAGAAAACGGAUAUAAAAUGUGGAAUAAAUUGAGUAGAAUUUUCUUAAAGAGCAUGAUACCAGUUUCCUGCUAUGAGGAAAAUUGCUUGCACUUACUUAAUGGUCUUUCCAUUCAUAUAUAUAUAUAUAUAUAUAUAUAUAUAUAUAUAUAUAUAUAUAUAUAUAUAUGGUGAAGUAAUUUUUUUUAAUAUUUAGGUCAUAUUUAAUAUAUCAAGUAGAAUCCAUGCUUCAUUUCUUCUAGUUGUCUGUGAUUAUUCAAAUCUCUCUUUUUUAAAAGUGAUAUUUAUGCAUAGCAAGGUUGCCAUUAAGGCACUGCAUGACUAGCUGUUUGUGGAUAAUAACACUGUUUAAUUACCAAUUGCAACACUUUGUUCAUUUUUACUGUUGAUUGUUCAAGCGUUUUACUGUGUUAAUGAAAUUUAAAAGGAAUAUUUUUCCUUCUGUGUUUAUCAGUGAAGUGCCACUUUACUGUGGCUGCAGCGUUUUUAAAAUGGCAUUUGAGUGAAGUGAGGUGAUUUGACACACACUUGCUAUGGCCGUCCUACCUUGUUGCGGUCCAUCUCUGUUAAUAGUCUUGUGCAUUCCAGUGUUAUUUAAUAUCUGCCUAAUGCCAAGAAAUGUUAAUUGAAAUAAAGACUUGAUUUUCUUGUC